CUGCAGUGCCCCCUGAACCGCACAGCUGCUGAGGAGGAGGAGGAGGAGUGUGACUGCUCUACCGCCCCCCCCGGGCCCCCCGGCCCCCCCGGCCCUAUGGGUUCUGGAGGGGAGAAGGGAGGGGCAGGCCCUCCUGGUCCUGACGGUAAGCCUGGAAACCAGGGGGAGUCAGGUGCAUCAGGAGAGCCUGGCUUACCAGGGGAGAAGGGAGAAUCAGGCCCUCCAGGACUGAGGGGAGAGCCUGGUCUGGCGGGCUGGAAGGGAGAAAGGGGAGAGCCAGGGUUACCAGGUCAACAAGGCCCUCCAGGACCCAUGGGUCCUGCAGCCUCCCGGCUCAACCUCGGGGCGGCUGUAGGAAUGCCCGGGAAAAAGGGACUUCCUGGUGAGAAAGGAGAAGUGGGACCUGCUGGAGAGAUGGGACCAAAGGGGGAACCGGGUCUGCCUGGAAAAGAUGGGCCAAUUGGUCCUUCGGGGCCCAAAGGAGAGAAGGGAGAUGCUGGGCUGAGUGGAACAGAUGGUCUGCAAGGAGUCCCGCCCCAGAGUGAGCCCCCACACUCCCCUCUGAGGGGGCCUGCCCCUGGGCCCCCUGAGGGGCCUGCCUCUGGGCCCUCUGAGGGGGCCUGCCCCUGGGACCCUCUGCUCCGACGUGCGGGCCUCCUCUGA